AUGGGAUUACUUGAAACCAAAAUCUCUGAUUUUAACAUUAGAGAUGUGAAGAAGAUUAUGGGAGAUGGAUGGGAAUAUGCUAUGGUCCCAUCUAAUGGUUUAUCUGGAGGGAUUAUUGUUCUUUGGAACUCUAACAUUGUUGAUUAUUCCUUGGUUGGUUCUUCAUCCCAAUGUCUUAUUGGAAAUUUAACCAUAAACAAUAAAUGCAAGUGGAGAAUAGCUUCAGUCUAUGGGAGCAAAGACUUAAACAAAAGAAGAGAGCUAUGGGAGUUAAUUGAGUUUUACUUGGUGGAGGACCAUCCUAUGGUAGUAGGAGGAGACUUCAACUGCCUCACUUCUAAAGAAGACAAAAGAGGAGGUAAGAAAUUCCUCUUUUCUCAAGGAGCUAAAGAAAUGGAAGCUUUCAUAACUAAUAAUGAUUUGCAUGAGAUUGGUUUUAUUGGCCAAAGGUUUACAUGGUGUAACAAUAAAUCUGGAGGUGCAAGGAUUUUAGAAAGGCUCGACAGGUGCUUCCUUAAUUCUUUUGCUUUGAAUCAUUUCUCUCAAUUAACUGUUAGACAUCUCGCUAGAAUUGCAUCAGAUCAUAGCCCUUUGGUUCUCAAUUUAUGUAAUUCAAGUUCUUUUAAGAAGAGGAGUAUUAUUUUUGAGGAUGUUUGGGCAUCCUACCCGGCUUCUUUUGCUGUGGUGAAGAGGGAAUGGAGCAAAAAUUGCAAAGUUUUUCAACUCAAAGUGAAACAGAGGAAUUGUCGCUUGGAAGAAUGGCCUAAACAGAAGAAUAUUUUGAAACAGGAGGAAAUAAAUUCUUUAUCCAGAGAAUUCACAGUUGAGGAAAUUGAUUUGGUUAUACAAAAUCUGGGCAAAAAUAUAGAUCCAGGUAGUGAUGGAGUUACAUUCUCAUUCAUCAAAUUCUAUUGGAAGAUUAUCAAUGAAGACUUUGUGAAAGCUUUAAAUCAUUUCUUCAAUCAAGGGAGCAUGGAUUGUAAUUGGAAAGACACUCUUGUGGUUCUCAUUCCAAAGGUUUCUAAUCCUUUGUUGCCAUCUAAUUACAGGCCUAUAAGCCUUUGCAACUCAGUUUAUAAAGUUGCUGCAAAAGUAAUCUUGAACAGGCUUAUGUCGGUCAUCCCUAUGCUUAUCUCGGAUGAGCAGGCUACAUUUAUCAGAGGAAGGUCCAUUUCGGACCAUAUUCUUAUUGCGCAAGAGAUGUUUCAUAAGUUCAGGUACUCCAAGGCAACAAAGGGAUGGUGGCGUACAAAGUAG